AUGGCUCACCUUGCCAGGCACCACUACACCAUUGCUCCCAUUCAAUUGUGCCUCCACGAGCGGGACUUUGAAGUGGGUAAGUCUACCACCUCCAACAUCAUAGACGAGGACAUUAUGGGUAGCCGCAAGGUCAUUAUGGAAGUGUCGCGCCACUUCAUCAACAGCGCAUGGUGUCGCUUUGAGUUUGAUGUAGCUCAGUCCUGGCUGGUGCUGAAGGGCAACCCUAUCAUCACCAUCAUCAUCAUCAUACUGGGGGAUGUGGAGAAGAGGACCAAGAAAAUGUUUGAGCUCCACAAAUACUUGAAGAGGAACACUUGCCUGAAAUGGAGGGACAACCCCAUCAGCAGCAUGAGAUUCUGGAGUCACCACAGGAAGGCUGUCAUCUCAAAGACAAUAAACUGGUUCUGCAUGUCAUCAUUUUCUGUGUCACAUGCUCAGAUAUUGAGAAAAUCCCCAUACUUUAAUGAAGACAGCUUCUCCAUCUUAGAGAGGGAGAUCAACCAUUUCCAGGCCCAGGUACAUGUACUAGUCUGUGGCGCCCUAAAUGGCAGAAUUGGACAAUAA